AUGAAAAAAAGAAACAGCUCGAAUAAUGUGUUUUGCAAAUUUGCAACUCGGAGAGGAGAGAUCUCAUGGAUGAGUUCAGAAAGAUAUCUUCUGAAUGGGGUCCAUCAACAUGAACAUCAUCCAGUUCUGGAUCUUACUUGCGAGAGUUUGGAAACUAUUGAGAAUGAUGGACUUUCUUUUGAAAGUAUUCAACAAGUGCUUUCGGAGUUGCAAUCUCAAACGAUGCUUGUAUCUGAGAGGUUAAUGACCUCGCAUCAUGAUGAUGAACUGCUGGAUGAACAACCGCAGGACCAGUUCCGAGGAAAUAAUUCAACUCUUCAAGGAUCCUCUUGUUCAAAUGUCAAUCAUUUAGAAAAAUGUCAGCCUCCAACUUGGGCAACGAAAAUACAGUCUUGUGAUGACGUUGGAAAUAAUCAAUAUAUGAGAAAUGCUUCAAAGUCUCUCAUUGAUACAAAUACAGCUAAUGAAAAUAACUUGGAUAAGGAAAAUCAUUGUCCUCGAAACAAUUCAAAUAUCAACACAAUACCGAAUACUCAUCGAAAUGCUUUCAUUAAGAAUGACUUUAAAUCACAAAAACGAAGCCGACCAAAGGAAUUUGUUUUUGAGGAUGAAAAAGAAUGUACAUUUAAACCCAAAAUCAAUUCGAGUUAUGCCACAGCAAGACCUUCAAAUUCAACCAUUCCCUUCGCAGAAAGAAUGUUGAUAUGGCAGCAAAGAAAAAACGAACAAAUGAAAAAGAAAAGAGAAGAAAUGAAAAAGGAAGAAAGUUCACUUUGUACAUUUAAACCAAAUGUCACCAAUCAAAUUCUCGAGAAGAGAAACAAUCAUUCACACAAUGAGAGUGAUCUUUCAUACCACCAGACAUCUGAUAUGACAUCAUCUAUUUCUUCUUCCGUCUCUCAAGGUUCUUGUCUAAAGUUAUACGAAAUGGCAGCAACAAAAGAAAAAGAAAGACAACAAAAGGUUGCAAAAUUUCAGGCUGAGAAAAUGAAAGAAUGUUCUUUCAAACCAAAUAUUAUUGUAGAUCCAACAGUUCAACCCAGAUAUUUGACAUCAAUAUCAGAUACAACCAAAUCAAAUUCACAAGAUAAGGGUGGAGGUGAUGUAAAAUUUGGAAAUGCAUCUAGAUUGUCCUCGUCAAGUAUUCAUUUGAAAAGACCUGGAUCAGCAUCACCUUCACGAUCGAGCACAUGCAACUCUGAUCUCAUCUCUAAUUUUUCUCGGAAUUCAUUUGAAGAGUUUAUGGAACGACAGUUUAAUACCCUGAAGAGAAAAGAAGAAAAAGUGAAAUCGUUACAAUCGUCUCUGCAGUGUCCUCACAAACCAGUAAUUAAUCGAAUGAGUCAGAACAUCACAAAACAUAAUGGUCACGAGAGAAUAGAAGACCGAGUUCGAUCUGAAAAACAACGAAAGGAGAUUCAAGAAAAGUACUUGCAUGCCAUGAACACUAAAGACUGUACUUUCAAACCCAAGAUUAAUAAGAUUUCUGAAACACUUCCCUCUCGCUCGGUAGAAGAAAUGAGCAAGGGAGACUUGUCAAUGAAACAACAAAAGAUUGAAGCGAUGAAGAAAUUGAUCGAACAGCAGGAAUUGAAAGAGGUGACCUUUCAUCCUAAAACGAAUCGAGAAGUUCAUGUUCGAUCUGUAUUGAGGAUCAGUUCAGAUCCUGACUCUUAUCUUGAACGAUUACGAAUUCGAGAAGAAAAGGCAGAAUUGAGAAAAGAGAUGCUUCUCAAAGAGAAGGAGCACAAAGAAAUGGCCGAAUGUUCAUUCAGGCCGAAAACUGUCUGUUGA